AUGAACAAUUUGGUACAUACGCCAAACCGGAGGCUAGACGGACUUUCGCACAGCACCACCGCCCGGAACACAGUUCCGCAAAACGCGGCCCCUCCGCAGAGCACGAUCCCAUCGCCGGAUUCACACGGCUCGCAAACACAAGACGAUCCCCUGAAUCAGUCUCUCAUUGAUUUUGAAGGAGCAGAUCUUUCAAAUUUCAACAACGACAACAACAAUCAAGUCAUGGACAUCAGAAGUGCUCGGUUGGAACCCUUUUGGGUCCAUGCGCCGAAGCUUUGGUUUAUGUCAGCAGAAGCGUACUUUCAACAACACAGAAUAACCUCGGACACAUCCAAAUUCAACGCAGUUGUCACGCAUUUGGGUUCAACCGUGAUGCUUCAAGUCUCGGACCUCGUAGAGGAUGCACCAGUAAACGAUAAGUACCUUACAAUCAAACAAACUCUUAUUGAACGGUUCUCCGACUCAAAACAAAAACAACUCAACAGGUUGUUAACGGAGAUGGAACUGGGCGACAAAAAGCCAUCGCAGCUGCAUCGAGAGAUGAAGAGACUUGCGGGCGAUAGCCUCUCCGCUGAAGCCCUGCGUACCCUUUGGAUGCAACGUAUGCCAUUUAAUGUGCAAUGUAGUCUCGCAGCGUAUGAGGAUAAUCCGCUGGAAAAAUUAGCUGCAAUAGCAGAUCGCAUGACAGAGCUCACACCAUCACCGCACAAUCACAGUUUCGCUGUCAAUGCGAUACACAAACCAUCGGCAGGCGAUACGGCAACAACCGACUACGGUCAGCGAUUGGGACGUCUCGAGAAAGGCUUAGCAGAAGUGACAGCGUUACUAAAAAAGAAUCUUAGCGUGUCCAAUACAGGAGCUAAAGACGAGGAGAGUUCCAGGCAAACACGCACACGAGCAAGAAGUCGUUCCAGAGACGCAGCAAUAUGUUUCUUCCAUCGACGUUUUGGGCCAGCGGCCAGACGAUGCGAAAAACCAUGUGUUUUUGGUCCGACACCAUCAGCAACAGCAAAUACAGCGCCACAGGAAAACUAA